AUUUCUUCCAACGCGUGUGGACCGGUAGCGACGUGCUACCCAGAGCAGCUUGGGAGUGGGGAGGCACGUCAUCGUAAACGGGUUGGUAGAGACAGACGGCUUGCCGCACCUUCUUUAGAUGACAAGAUUGGCGUCGCGAAUAUUCUGUCGGCGUGGGCGGAACCGCAGGGAGAAAGCUGGCGGUCGUGGAAGAUAACAGCGGCGGCGGAGGCGUGAGCAGGCAAGGCAGCAGCAACAAGCGCAGCAACAAGUUGCGUUGUAGUUAUUUCCUCGUCACGCUAAGGCAAAGGUGGCGGCGAGACGAUGGAAAGCCCGACGUUGCGCUGUGCCUCGGACGCACGGCCGGGCGUCCAUGGUGAUCCCAAGGGGUCGUGCCAGGCGGGGGAGAACGGCUACGUGAACAACAACAACCUGCUGUUUACUGGAUCUCUAGUUCAGCAGCAGCGGCAGCAGCAUGACGGCGGUGACAGCAGUGCACAGCACCACCAACAGCAGCGGGCUGGUAAACCCGAGGCGAAGAAGUCUACGGAUUCUGACCUCGCGGGCUUGCUGUCGGCGGCACAUGAGAGCUACAACCUCGGCAGAUACAAAGACGCUCAGGCUUUGUGCGAGUCCGUGUACCGGCAGGGGGCGUGUCGGACCGAUAACCUUCUCCUCCUUGGGGCCGUUCACUUUCAGCUCAGGAACUUUAGCGAGUGUAUUCUUUACAACCAGCAAUGUAUCCGGAUCGACCCCAACUUUGCCGAGGCGUAUUCCAACCUCGGGAACGCCCUCAAGGAGCUAGGAGACGUGGGCGGUGCCAUCCAGUUCUACCUCAAGGCGGUGAAGCUGAAGCCGCGUUUCUGCGACGCGUACAAUAACCUGGCGUCGGCGUACAUGCAGCUAGGGCACACCAAGGAGGCCAUCGAGACAUAUCAGAUGGCCUUGGUCCUCAACCGAGGACUCGUGGACGCGCACAGCAACCUCGGCAACCUCUACAAGGCCCAGGGCAUGCUGGCGGAGGCGAAACGGUGCUACCUGGAGGCUAUCCGGAUCCAGCCGUCCUUCGCCAUCGCCUGGAGCAACCUCGCGGGGAUCUUUAAGGAGGAGGGUAAUCUUACGACGGCGGUUGCCUACUACCGCGAGGCAAUACGGCUGUGCCCAGAGUUCGCCGACGCCCACAGCAAUCUCGGGAACGUCCUCAAGGAGAGGGGACUUGUUCACGACGCGAUGCAGUGCUACCAGACGGCCAUCAAGCUCCGACCCGACUUCGCCAUCGCCUACGGCAACCUCGCCAGCUGCUACUACGACUGUGGGCGAGUGGCGUGUCAGGACCUGGCCAUCAAGACAUUCCGGUACGCGAUCCAGCUGGAGCCAAACUUCCCGGACGCUUACAACAACCUCGGUAACGCCCUCAGAGAGUCCGGGCAGUUGGAGGAGGCAAUCAACUGCUACCGGACUACCUUGCGCCUUAAGCCGGACCACCCCCACGCCUACAACAACCUGGGAAACGCCAUGAAGGAUAAGGGUCUAGUCAAGGAGGCGAUACACUGCUAUGUGACGGCGGUGCAGCUGAUGCCCAAGUUCGCGGCCGUGCACAGCAACCUCGGCAGCGUGCUGAAGGAGCAGGGCAAGCUGGCACACGCGUUGGCACACUACCACGAGGCCAUCGCGAUCGAUCCCGGCUUCGCCGACGCCUACAGCAACAUGGGCAACGCCUACAAGGACAUGGGCCGGCUCCCUGAGGCCAUCAAGUGCUACAGCGCGGCCAUCAAUAUCAAGCCGACGUUCGCCGACGCCUUCAGCAACCUCGCUAGCGCUUACAAGGAGGGCAACGACGUCCUCCAGGCGAUCGCGUGCUACCGGAAGGCCCUGUCGCUGAGGCCCGACUUCCCGGACGCUUUCGCCAACCUCGUGCACUCGCUCGUGUUCGUGUGCGACUGGUCCAACCGAGACAACGACUUUGCUGCCCUCAAGAAGAUGCUGGCCACGCAGAUGGCAACGGAGAAUGUGCUCCCGUCGGUGCAGCCCUUCCACGCCAUGGCCUACCCGCUCUCCCUGGCGGAGAUGCAGCAGAUCAGCUGCAAGUACGCCGAGCGCGUGAAGAUGAACGUUGCCCUCCUCGAGAUGCCUGCCUUCCGAUUCCACCGCAAAGCCAAGGAAGCUAGAAUCAGGAUUGGAUACGUUAGCAGCGACCUGGGCAACCACCCUUUGAGCCACCUGAUGCAGAGCGUGUUCGGCAUGCACGACAGGACGCGUUUCGAGGUGAAAUGCUACGCUCUCUCGGCGAACGACGACAGCGUAUGGCGGCGAAAGAUUGAGGGCGAGUCGGAGCACUUCUGCGACGUGUCCGGGCUGCAGAAUGGCGAUGUUGCCAGGCUGAUACACGCGGACGGGAUCGACAUUCUCAUCAACCUCAACGGGUACACGAAGGGCGCUAGAAACGAGAUAUUUGCCCUUCAGCCGGCACCGCUACAGGUGUCCUACAUGGGGUUCUGCGGCACGCUCGGGGCGGACUACAUGCAGUACAUGAUCGCCGACGAGAUCAUCGUGCCGCGCGAGAGCCGUCGGUUCUACACGGAGAACAUCCUGUACAUGCCUCACUCCUACUUCGUCAACGACCACAAGCAGUCGGCUAGGUACGUCCUGGAUCGGACGCUCCUCCCUACUCGAGCCACGUACGGCGUGCCGGAGGACCGCUUCGUGCUGUGCAACUUCAACCAGCUCUACAAGAUGGACCCGGCUAUCUUCUCCACGUGGAUGUCGGUGCUCAAGAGGGUUCCCAACGCGGUGCUGUGGCUGUUGAGGUUCCCUCCGGCGGGGGAAGCGAACAUCAGGAUGGAGGCCAGGAAGAGGGGCGUCAGGGAGGAGCAGCUGCACUUCACAGACGUGGCUACGAAGGAGGAGCACAUCAAGCGGGGUUACCUGGCCGACCUCUUUCUCGACACCCCGAGCUGUAACGCGCACACCACGGGCUGCGACAUCCUGUGGAGCGGGACGCCAAUGCUGACCAUGGCCGGGUCGAAGAUGGCGACGAGGGUAGCGCCGUCCCUGCUCAAGGCGGCGGGCGCGGAGGGCGCGGGUCUGAUCGUGGAGAGCCUAGAGGAGUACGAGGAGAGGGCCGUGUCACUGGCCACGGACCCAGAAAAGCUUUUCGAGAUCCGCAGCCGUCUGGAGGAGUCGAGACAUUCGUGCCCGCUUUUUGACACGCAGCGGUGGGUUCGAAACAUGGAGGCUGGCCUAGCGAUGGCGCACGAGCGAUUCCAGGCAGGACUUGACCCCGAAGACCUCAAGGUGGAGGACACCGUCGGCCCCACGCCGGUCACCACCCCGCCCCCGGCGGCGGAGCCCCCUUCCUCCGCCGGCGGCAAUGUGAACGCCAACCAUCCCGGCGGAGUGGCGUCCUCCUCUUCCCCGUCGCUAGAGGUCCCCUCUGCAACGGCAGCAGCAGGUGCUCCUGCUGCUACCGCCGACAGCGGUAGCGACAGCGGCGAUGUCAAGGGCAGCGACGGCUCGCAGCCGGAAACCGCUGCGGCACCGGUAGACGACGGCGAAGCGGUGGCGGCGGCGGCGGCGGCGGCGGCGGCGGCGGCGGCGGCGGCGGCGACGACGAUGGCAGCAGCGUCCGCCGAAGGACCGCCGACGACCGGUAGCGCCGCGGUUGGGGCGGCGCGGGAGGAGAGUUUGAUCACCCCUGGGACGGUGCAGGGCGAAGCGGUGAAGGAGGAGGAGCGGCAGGAGGAAGGUGAGGGGGUCAGGAACAGCCGAAAGAGAAGGGCGAGUGACGAAGCAACUGCCAGCGACGAAGGCUAAAGGGACAGGCCAUUCCCUACCAGCUUCAGUCUGUUCGCCCUGGACCAAACUCAUGGCGGCGUCGCAGGAACACACGAUAUCAUUUGCGAGGAGGGUACAGUGCUACUCGAUUGGUGUCUGUGUUUGGCGCGGAGCAAUGCGAUGUUCGUUGCUACAGGCCCGCAUAUGGCGUGGGAUUGGAUGAAAGAGGGCAUUUUGUUUUUCAUUGCACGCGGCGUGCGGAGGGCAAAGACGACCUGCCUGGUUAGAAUAGACUUGCCAGGGGGUCUUGCGUCUUGUGCGUGCUCGCUCGCGCGUUUUGUGUGUGUGUGUGUGUGCGUGCGUGCGUGUUUCUGUGCAUCGCCGCCUGCGACGUGUGGGGGAGGAUGGGGGCUGGCUUUAUGGCUGGCUGGAGCGAGCGACACGUGUAGCGGUUCCGUUCCGUGAAAGUUACGGGAUACGAGACGGGCGCCGUGUUGAUGAAGUUUCCCAUGCAUCGUCUGCCAUCAACUUGCGGUAGACAUUGUUGUUGCACGUUGCUCCGGGAUGUUUUUUUGUUAUUUCACGGCCACGUAUGUCGCAUUCCAUGAAUACCGAGGUUGGCGGGGGGGGGGGGAUUAAAGUCAGUGCUGUUGUUUUGUUCUGUUUUGUUGUCUUGUAGUUAUUUGUCGGGAAUUGGGACCUGCUGCAGCGGCAUUCGCCUUGAGCGGUGUGUGAGAGCCGCCAGUUUGGCGUAGCUUUGUCAGUAAUCUAUGUAUUUGAUGUUCUUGGGAAGUGGGAAAUAUGCGAUAAAAGUUAUUGGUACGUUGUGUUGCAAGGAUUUUGUGUCCCACUGGCUUGUACGUCCUGUCAUCAAGAGUAUUGUUGGCAGGGAAUGUUGUCGCGGAGAAAUGAGAAAAUAUCUCAACCGACAGGUUUCUGGACGGGGACAGGGCAAGAGAAAGCGCCAGAACUGACGGGCCGUUUGAUGUCCCGUUUCCGCGGAGCCUCACAAGAACGGGUCGGGUUUGCCCGUGGCGGGGCUGUAUACUGUAGGGUCCGCCGAACUCUGGAGGCACCGGGGGAAGGAGGGCACGGCUCUGAAGGAUAGCUACAGUUCGACCGGGAACUGUAAGGCGUGGAUUCGUGGGUUCGUCGCCCCCCAGAGUAAUUCGAGCAACAUACCGAGCGGCCCUUCCGGGAGUCGCUCCGCGUCUGACGCGCUGCACGCCCUGCUAUUCGCGUCGGAAGCCUAACUUCGUGGGGCUACGUAUAUGUUCCGCCGACUGCAAGCAAAGAGAAAGAGCGCGAUAAAACUGCUGUAGCUCGCUGUUCUGCUUACGCGUCCCCUACCGCGCUGGUUUUGGUUGCUGCAAAUGUGCAGAAAACGUAGGGGAGCUAGCGCCGGCAUUUAGACCUUUGACCCCCCCUAGUCGUACAAUUGCAUAUAACGUAGUCUAGGCUAUUCAAUUUUCAAAGUUGUUAUUUCCCCACGAGGCGACUGAGCUGUGAGGUUACGGAAGAGGAGGGACGGAGAGAGGGGGCCUCGCGGUUCGCGUGCGCUUGGGGGGUCGUUAUUCACGGGGCGAUGAACCAUGUGAGAUUCAUUGCAUUGUUGGAGGCAGGUGUUGUUUCAAUCAAGGNGGGGGGGGGGGGGGGGGGGGGGGGGGGGGGGGGGGGGGGGGGGGGGGGGGGGGGGGGGGGGGGGGUAAUGUCGCAUGUAUGUGACCCUACCGCGGGCAGGCGUUCGAGACAGACAGGCCGGAUAGCAGGCUUGCGCAUGCCAAGCGUUCGCCUUGAUGCCCGUGCUGAAAUUUUUCAGCGACGAGCAGCACCUUCAGGGAGCCAAAGCUGCUCCUCUGCCCCGUGUACAUUGCGGGUGGUGGCAAGCGCACUAGAAAGUCUACCGGGUGGUGGGGGGCUGCGUGCUAUGUGAAUGGCAUCAUGAUAAUGUUGUUCGAGACGGGUUUUGUUUGCAGGAAGAACAUCAGAAGACAUAUUCUACGGGUGUCGUGCGCCAGCGCGGAAAAGAGGACUGUUAUAAUCUCUUGGAGGGGCGGGGUCUUCGUCGCAGACCCCUCGGUGCCGACGCCGGACAACGAAGCGUCUGCGUUGCCGUCGCUGGUGCCACGACCUGUUGUUGCUUCUUCAGCAAGUCGUGGCAUAUGGGUUAUCGUGCCCGCACCAAGGGUCCAUACGGUGACCCCAUAUGAGUGACGUCCCUGUUGCUCUGACAUUGAUGCAAUACUCUUGUGCUGAACCUUCGCCCCAAACGGCAAAGAAAAAGCAGGCACACAAAACGCGGUAGACUGAGACUGGUUAAUUUUUGGCUUUCGAGGACGGCUCUCUGCUUCGCUGCUUGGAGUAAAUUGUCGUGUUGGGUCGUUUUUUAUAGUGACGGGAACUUCGCCACGUCUUCUCUUGUCUGCUCUAGUCUAGACCUAUCUGUGUAGUGUUUUCAUUUCACGACUUUUCGCUUAGCGAGCAACCGCUCGAACACUCCCAAUCCCCAUUGCCUCAUUGCUACAUGCAUCCGU